AAUAUAUUUUUUAAUGAUUGAAUCAUUUAUUUCCAUAAUUGAGAUAAAACAUUUUGUUGAUUAACUAUAUAUUUCUACAUAGAUGGAAAACGAUCUGGAACGUUGCAGCGGUAGAAAAGGAUAGCGCCUUCUGCUUUGUUGAAUGAUAGACAAGGAUAGCAACACCAAUGUUGAUCAAAUACUGCCAUUAUAACGUGGACCUCACUGUAGCAUGUUUGAUGAACUACCCCGUAACUAUAACAACCCUUCAUUGUUACUUCAAUAAACAUUUACAAAUCUGGGUUCAAACAAAGAUACCCAGCUGUAUCAUACAGUGAUAACCAACAGAUGGGUGAAAUAUAAAAAUUUUACAAUUAAAUGAGCGAAAAACGAUUUUGAUUGAAGUAGGCCUAAUUUUAAAAAUUUAACUUACAAAAAUGACGAGUUGGUGGUGGUCUGUAUGAGUGUGGUUGUAGAAUUUUUGUUUCAAAUCAAGAAGUUUUUGGGUUUUAAUCACUAAUAUGAAAUUGGAUAAAUUUUUACUCCGGUACUACCCUCCAGGUAUAUGUCUACAAUACACCCAAGGUGGGGAGGUGAAGAGCAAAGUUAUAGACUUUUUGGAUCUUUCUCCUCGAACCGAUGUGUCAGAGCUGGCUAGAUCGGUGGCCAAGAAUGAGCCACUUGUGACCCCCGCAGUUGAGAACCAGCUCCUUGACUCCCUCAGAAAGCUGCAACAGAAAUUGUUUGACACAAAUUUGACCUUUCACAAACACCGCACGCUCAAAUCUCAUCUGUUGCCUUUGACCAAUGUGGCGUUUGAUAAGUAUGGCAAAAAAUGUCUGACGGGUAGCUAUGACAGAACGUGUAAAGUGUGGAACGUAGAUACAGGCAAGGAGAUUCACACACUAGAAGGACACCAAAAUGUAGUCUAUGCCGUCAGCUUCAACUAUCCUUACGGUGACAAAGUGCUGACAGGCAGUUUCGACCGCACGGCCAAGCUGUGGUGCUCGGAGAGUGGUGCCUGCCUGCACACCCUGUGGGGUCACACCGGUGAAGUGGUGUCCGUCCAAUUCAACCCGGUCAACCAAUCGGUGGUCACCGCAUCCAUGGAUGCCACCGCUCGUCUCUACACCCUCACCACUGGUCAAGAAGAAGCCGUCUUGAAGGGACACAAGGGGGAGGUGAUCACGGCUCAGUUCAGCACGGAUGGAUCUCGCAUCCUGACCGGUUCCUUCGAUAAAACUGUGCGCUUGUGGGAUAGACGAGUGGCCAAGGAAGUAGGUCUCCUUGCUGGGCACCAAGAGGAAAUCAGCAACUGUCUGUUCAGUUUUGACAGUCGACUGGUAGUGAGCAGCUCUCUCGAUAAGACAGCCAAAAUAUGGGACACUCGAACACUCACCUGUCUGUGGACGGUUACCGGUCAUAACAAUGAGAUGUUUGACGGUGACAAAGUUCUGACAGGCAGUUUCGACCGCACGGCCAAGCUGUGGUGCUCGGAGAGUGGUGCCUGCCUGCACACCCUGUGGGGUCACACCGGUGAAGUGGUGUCCGUCCAGUUCAACCCGGUCAACCAGUCAGUAGUCACCGCAUCCAUGGAUGCCACCGCUCGUCUCUACACCCUCACCACUGGUCAUGACAAAUUUCUGACAGGCAGUUUCGACCGCACGGCCAAGCUGUGUGUGCUCGGAGAGUGGUGCUGCCUGCACACCCUGUGGGGUCACACCGGUGAAGUGGUGUCCGUCCAGUUCAACCCGGUCAACCAGUCAGUAGUCACCGCAUCCAUGGAUGCCACCGCUCGUCUCUACACCCUCACCACUGGUCAAGAAGAAGCCGUUUUGAAGGGACACAAGGGGGAGGUGAUCACGGCUCAGUUCAGCAGUGGAUCUCGCAUCCUGACCGGCUCCUUCGAUAAAACUGUGCGCUUGUGGGAUAGACGAGUGCCCAAGGAAGUAGGUCUCCUUGCUGGGCACCAAGAGGAAAUCAGCAACUGUCUGUUCAGUUUUGACAGUCGACUGGUAGUGAGCAGCUCUCUCGAUAAGACCGCCAAAAUAUGGGACACUCGAACACUCACCUGUCUGUGGACGGUUACCGGUCAUAACAAUGAGGUGCUUGACGUAUGCCUGGACCAUCGAGGCCGCCAUCUUGCUUCGGCGAGCAGUGACUGCACGGCCAACAUUUGGAACAUAUGCGGUGAUCCGCGCCUUGUGGCUACCCUUCGAGGCCACACUCAAGAAGUGUCCAAGGUAUGCUUCAGCCCAGGCGGUCACCUGAUCCUGACGGCGUCUGAGGACUCCACGGCGAGGCUCUGGCAAGUGGACUCGGGCGAGUGCAGCCAACUGCUGCGAGGACACUCGGACGAGGUGUUCUCCUGCGCCUUCAACUACAACGGUGACGUCAUUGUCACCGCGUCCAAGGAUAACACCUGUUGUAUCUGGAAGAGUCAUCGCUGAACUAUAGUGAGGUCCACGUUAUAAUGGCAGUGUUUGGUUGAUAUUGCUAUCCUUGUCUAUCUUUCAACAACGCCUAUAGCACUAUCUCUUUCUCGCUUUGCUCUGUUGCCAGAUCGUCUG